UAUUUGCACUCUUUAUAAACCCCUGACUGAAGAUGAUAGAUCUACACAGGCAUACAGACGCUAAGAUUUCGAUGCUUAGAGAAGGAAGGUUCUCUCGCUGUAUAUUAGAUUCUUUAAAGCUAUCUAAUAAACACAUUUUGCCUCCAAGACCGAAAAAGUAUAUUGGUGACUCUGGGGAUGUUCCCUCGAAUCAGGCUCCUCAAUAUCGAACCAAAAGAGGUCACUCUUUCAAAAUAAUUAAAAGAGUGUUGACUUCGCAAAUAGGUGAGUACAGUGAUGCCACCUAUACUUCUAAGACCUCAGCUCAGAAGUUCCAGAAUAUGUCUAAGCCAAACUCUUCUGGCUCCUCAAGGCGUAAAUCUAAAUUUAUCGUCAUGGUUGAGGACAAGGAGAAGAGGCCGAAAAGAGCUAGCCUUAGAGGUAUCAGAAGAGAUCGACUCAUCUUGGAAGAGAGAUCUUGCCAGCCAAGGUUUAGUAAUAAGGACGUAUGAAAUUUUCAUAAGAAAAGUUCAAAAUCCAAAAAGACUGACAUUAGUACUGAGAUUUCCGAUUCCUUCGAACGAGCUGUCUCAGUAAGCAGUGUUUCUUCCAGUCCGGUUUCAAGGGAGUCCAAUAUUCUGCCUCCAGUCGGAAAAUUACCUCAGCGUACAACCUCAAAAUUCAAUUUCCCAAGACCAAAAAUGAUCAAUCCAAAAAUAGAGACUGCCUUAAAAGACGCUAGUGAUGAAACUAAGAGCAUUCUGACACAUAUCUUCAGUAAAAACUAUGAACAUGCCAGCUCACAAGGCAGAAUUGGCCAUCGCAGGAAUCUUCCUAACGCUCAAAUUACACUCCAUCCCGGCUUCUCAAGGGUCAAUAUCAGAGGAACUGGAGGAGCAAAUAAAUCACUACCAAGACCUAAGAGAGAUACUAGAGGGGAUUUUGAGAGGAAGAGCUCGAUGUAUUUUGAAAGUUUGAGAUUGAAUUCUGCUGUGGAAAUGGCUCGUAAGAGACCGGUGGAGUAGUAGAAGAGUGUAAAAUAAGUAUUUGUAAAAAAAUUAAGGAAGG